AGAGUGACAGCCAAUGAGAAGGAGGUGGAGGAGGAGCUGAACUGUCCGCCAAUGGAGGCCAGAGUGACAGCCAGCGAAAAGGAGGUGGAAGAGCAGGACAAAGUAGCUGACAGCACUUAGAGAGGAGAUGAGCAUCACCAAGACUGAUCUGCAGCUCCAGAAGAACAAGAUGGAGGAGCUGAAGAGGGAGAACCCAGUCAUGGAGGCCAGAGUGUCAGCCAAUGAGAAGGAGGUGGAGGAGGAGCUGAAGAGGGAGAACACAGUCAUGGAGGCCAGAGUGUCAGCCAAUGAGAAGGAGGUGGAGGAGGAGCUGAAGAGGGAGAACACAGUCAUGGAGGCCAGAGUGUCAGCCAAUGAGAAGGAGGUGGAGGAGGAGCUGAAGAGGGAGAACACAGUCAUGGAGGCCAGAGUGUCAGCCAAUGAGAAGGAGGUGGAGGAGGAGCUGAAGAGGGAGAACACAGUCAUGGAGGCCAGAGUGUCAGCCAAUGAGAAGGAGGUGGAGGAGGAGCUGAAGAGGGAGAACACAGUCAUGGAGGCCAGAGUGUCAGCCAAUGAGAAGGAGGUGGAGGAGGAGCUGAAGAGGGAGAACACAGUCAUGGAGGCCAGAGUGUCAGCCAAUGAGAAGGAGGUGGAGGAGGAGCUGAAGAGGGAGAACACAGUCAUGGAGGCCAGAGUGUCAGCCAAUGAGAAUGAGGUGGAGGAGAAGCUGAAGAGGGAGAACACAGUCAUGGAGGCCAGAGUGUCAGCCAAUGAGAAGGAGGUGGAGGAGGAGCUGAAGAGGGAGAACACAGUCAUGGAGGCCAGAGUGUCAGCCAAUGAGGAGGUGGAGGAGAAGCUGAAGAGGGAGAACACAGUCAUGGAGGCCAGAGUGUCAGCCAAUGAGAAGGAGGUGGAGGAGGAGCUGAAGAGGGAGAACACAGUCAUGGAGGCCAGAGUGUCAGCCAAUGAGAAGGAGGUGGAGGAGGAGCUGAAGAGGGAGAAAACAGACAAUAUGUUCUCUGCUGGUUUGACUGAUUCAGGAACUGUAGGACCAUUCAAUACUGAAACCCAACUGAUCUACAAGAGAGUCAUCACCAACAUGGGAUCGGUCUAUAACCCAAUAACUGCUAUGUUCCCAGCACCAGUGAGAUGAGUCUACUACUUCAGAUUCACUGCCUGGGAAUACCAUGAGAGUAGGCCUGUUCCAUGAUGACCAAAAAGUGUUGUAUUUAAUUAUGUACACACUGACCAUCGUGGUAAGUAUGUUUCAAAGGCAUUGUCUCUAGAGCUGG